AUGGUGUUCGAAACGAAGGAACAAAUAAUCAAGCGAACUAAACUUGCUCGGUACCGUUUUCGAGUUCUCAUACGAAAAGCUUGUUUAAACUCUCGUUGGCUAUCAGUGUUGGAAGACACGAAGCUUGGUGACAAUGUUUUGAAGAACAUCACAAUAGCUCUGAAAAGAUCGCAACAGAAGCAAAGCGUGUUAACGGUUCAUGACAAAGCUAAUUUGAGAAAACCUUUUUCUGAACGAACAAAGGAGGUCUACGCAUACUUAGAAACAUUAUUUGAUGAACUUCAAUGCUUCAAAUCAUUGACACCUAUUCUUCGUAGAAAGCUCAUAAAUGUCGUUGAGUUUCAAUUUUAUCCGAAACAUCGGACGAUAUUCAGAGAAGGUCACAAAUCACUUUCAAUGCAUUUCAUAUUAACUGGUGAAAUUCUUAUCUCAAAGUCGACUUACGAUAAGAAAGUUGGGACAAUGAUCGAUAAAGCUUGCAAUAUUCUUACGUCUGGUGAUUUUUACGGUCAAGUUGGAUUAACUUAUAAUAUUCCACGAAAUGCUACUGUGUCGACUGAAACUGAUUGUGAACUUCUCUGUGUUUAUAAAGAAGAUUUUGAUGCAAUUUUGAAAGAGACAAUGGAAAGUAAAGAUGAGAAUAUCAAAUCAGCAAUUCGGAGAUUUAACUAUUUCAAAAAUUUUAGUGAAGAAACGAUAACAACAUGUUGUGUCAUUUCAAGGAUUGAACAAUUUAAUCCACAACAAAUAAUUUACUCGCAAAAUGACAUUAUGAAUUUUGCUUAUUUUGUGUUGUCUGGCCAAUGUAUGAUUCUUCAAUUACUGAAAAUCCAGAAAAAUUCGAAAGGAAAAUCUGAACUUUACGCUUCGAAAAAGAAACCAAAUUCAUUGGAUGUUGUAAAACAAAUGGCAACAAAACAUUAUGGAGCAGCAUCAAUGAUUGAACCAGAAUUAACCAACAUCAAGUAUCAGUUCAUAGAUGUUGGAACCUUUAGUUGUGGCGGAUCAUUUGGAAUCGGAGAAGAAAUGGAGAAUCGAGUGAUUCUUGCAAGAAAUGUCGUUCAAUGCUUGAUGAUUCCUCGCUUAUGGCUCCUUCAAAAAUCACAAAAUAUUGGGAAUGUUUGGCCACGACUUCAAGUGUUUCUGAACUCUAAAAUACCAUCACAACAACAAUUGUUCGAAAACUAUUUGAAUAAUCAAAAGUGGAAGAAAUAUAAGAAGAAAACGAUUGAAGAAAUAAAACGUGAGAUGGGAUUGAAAGUGUCGCAAACCAAAUACUACAAUGUCCCAGUCAUUUGUCGAGUUGAAGAAGAUGAUGAAGUUUAUUAA